UCAGGAGGGUGUUUGUUGCGGUGUCUCCUCCAUAUCGUCCUACACCGGUUCCUGUACCUGUUUCAGCCGCGUUUCCCCUCUCUCAAGUUGACAGCCAUAUAAUCGACAACAGUGAUACUCGGAAAAAUGGCAGUUCCUCCAACAUAUGCAGACCUUGGAAAAUCAGCAAAGGACAUAUUCAAUAAGGGAUAUGGUUUUGGGCUGGUUAAGCUUGAUGUGAAGACAAAGUCUUCAAGUGGAGUGGAGUUUAAAACGUCCGGCUCAUCCAACGUGGACACCAGCAAGGUCACCGGGACCCUGGAGACCAAGUACAAGUGGGCUGAGUAUGGGCUGACGUUCACAGAGAAGUGGACCACGGAAAACACACUUGGAACAGAAAUUUGCGUUGAGGAUCAGAUCACCAAAGGGCUGAAACUUACGUUUGACACUACAUUUUCACCCAAUACUGGCAAGAAGAGCGGCAAGGUCAAGACUGCUUACAAGCGGGAAUACGUUAACGUCGGUGUCGAUGUCGAUUUAGAUUUCGCUGGUCCUACGAUCCACGGAGCAGCAGUAGCCGGCUACGAGGGCUGGCUGGCCGGCUACCAGAUGAGCUUUGACUCGGCCAAAUCAAAGAUGACUCAGAGUAACUUUUCAGUUGGUUACAAGACCGGAGACUUCCAGCUCCACACCAACGUAAAUGAUGGUUCCGAGUUCGGUGGAUCUAUUUACCAGAAGGUUAACGACCAACUGGAGACUGCUGUGAAUCUGGCCUGGACUGCAGGCAGCAAUGGCACUCGCUUUGGAAUAGCUGCAAAAUACCAGUUAGACUCCACUGCCUCCAUAUCAGCUAAGGUGAAUAAUGCCAGCCUGGUGGGAAUUGGUUACACCCAGACUCUCCGACCUGGUAUGAAACUAGUCCUCUCUGCACUGGUGGAUGGGAAGAACAUCAAUGCUGGUGGUCACAAACUUGGUCUGGGUCUGGAGUUGGAUGCAUGAGGAUCUCCUCGGCCUUUUCAAAGGAAGAAGAGAAAUAUCAGCUGAAUCUGUGUUACCGUCUGGUCAGCAACAGAUAUUUUAAAGAGGUGAAGCCAAAACUAAAAAGAAGCCCAGUUCUCGAGCACUGUUAAAAUGGAAACCAUUCCACCUGCCCCGUUUUUAUGGUUGUGACGAUAACUAAUCAUGUUUCAAUCACAUGUAUUUAUCCGUUACUACUUCUGCCAGUUUAUUCUCAAUAGUGACAGGAUCAAUCCUCCUCCGGGUGCAACGUGUCUAGGAGUGGUUUCGAAAAAAACAAAACCAUGUUAUUUUUCUGAAGUGUGAUAAUAUAGAAUGUAUAUCUGAGCUGUUAAUUUGCACAGUAGAUUAUAUCUUUAUUUAAGCUUUCUCCUUUGUUUUAUUUGCACAUUGUAUUUGUAUAUUAGUAGUGAUAUUCUACCCGUUGGAAGGUUUACUCUAAACUAUUUAUGCUUAUCAAGAUCGAGGCCAAUUUAGUGGCUCGUCUUCACUUAUCUUUCUAGAGGCUUAAUUGUGCUGUGUGACGAGUUUGAGACCUCUGCUACCUUGAAUACCUUCUAAGCUGCAAGACAAUGCUAAAUGGAUUUUUAUUUUCCUCAGUGUGACUCGAGCAAAAGAAUAUCAGAGUGAAUCAUCCACUUUUCUGAGGACUGUGAUACUAAUCGGGGAAGUGAUUUGUGUGUUGGAAUGCGUCUAAACUUGGCAAUAAAGUCCUGAAAUCAAUCGUUA